UUCGAGAAGAAAACUUCAGCUCCAGGGAGACCCUGCCCGUUAUGCUAGCUGCGACCCCCGAAAUUGGCACCUCUGAAGGGACCCCCACAUCCUCGUCCUCGGCCGCAGCGCUCCGCUCGGGCUGGGUCUUGGGGGCCCGGCGCCUGGAACGGUGGUGACUGCGACUGCCCGGAGAACCCGACUAGGGGGCGGGGAGGGGGCGGAGGGCGGGGAACGUGGCCGCGGGAGGAAGUUUCCCGAAGUUGUCCGUUUUUUCCGGAGCGCUGCCAGCGACCCGGCCGGACCGCCAAGACCGCCCUGACUGGGGAAAGAAGUCAGAGUCGGGGCGCCGAAGGAGAGAGGCGCCCCGAGUCCGAGACGGAGACUCGCCUUUUUCUCUUCGCUCGCCCCUCGCCUUCCGGCCGACUGGGACAGAAGAGAAGAGGACUGGAGUGGCCCAAGCUGCCGCGAGCCCGAGCUGCGUGGACUCCCGGACCAAGCCGCGGGGCACCGGACCCCAACCGGAUUAUAAAACAAAGCGGAGGGGGUGACUGAGACCCCGGAGGCCCCCUCUCCAGACUGGCCACCAUGUGGCGGCUGCUGCUUGGGACCCUGCUGGCUUUGCAUCGGAUCCCCGGGGCCGGAGCCCAAGAUGAUGUGCCCCCAUAUUUCAAGACAGAGCCAGUGAGGACGCAGGUGCACCUGGAGGGGAAUCGCCUGGUACUUACGUGCAUGGCUGAGGGCAGCUGGCCGCUGGAGUUCAAGUGGCUGCACAACAACAGGGAGCUGACCAAGUUCUCCCUGGAGUACAGGUACAUGAUCUCCAGCCUGGACCGCACCCACGCCGGCUUCUACCGCUGCAUCGUGCGGAACCGAAUGGGGGCACUGCUGCAGCGGCAAACCGAAGUGCAGGUGGCCUACAUGGGGAGCUUCGAGGAAGGAGAGAAGUACCAAAGUGUCUCCCACGGAGAAGCUGCCGUCAUCCGCGCCCCACGUAUCGCCAGCUUCCCCCGGCCACAGGUGACGUGGUUCCGGGAUGGCCGCAAGAUCCCGCCCAGCAGCCGCAUAGCCAUCACGCUGGACAAUACCCUCGUCAUCCUGUCCACUGUGGCUCCCGAUGCCGGUCGCUACUAUGUGCAGGCGGUUAACGACAAGAAUGGGGAUAACAAGACCAGUCAACCCAUCACACUUGCUGUUGGGAAUGUGGGGGGCCCUGCUGACCCCAUCGCUCCCACCAUCAUCAUCCCUCCCAAGAACACCAGCGUGGUGGCCGGGACCUCCGAAGUGACCAUGGAGUGUGUGGCCAAUGCCAGGCCCCUGAUCAAGCUGCACCUGCUCUGGAAAAAGGAUGGGGUGCUGGUGUCCGGUGGCGUCAGCGACUACAACCGCCGACUCACCAUCGCCAACCCCAGCAGCCGCGACGCUGGCUACUACGAGUGCGAGGCCGUCCUGCGUAGCAGCAGCGUGGCACCUGUCGUGCGGGGCGCCUACCUCUCCGUGUUGGAACCGCCUCAGUUCACCAAGGAGCCCGAGAGACACAUCACAGCCGAGAUGGAGAAGGUGGUGGACAUCCCUUGCCGAGCUAAAGGCGUGCCAUCACCCUCAAUCACGUGGUACAAGGAUGCGGCUGUGGUGGAAGUGGAAAAGCUGGCCCGCUUCAGGCAGCGCGGGGAUGGGGGUCUGCAGAUCAGCGGCCUGGUGCCCGACGACACUGGCAUGUUUCAAUGCUUUGCCCGCAACGCAGCCGGCGAGGCACAAACCUCCACCUACCUGGCCGUCACCAGCAUUGCCCCCAACAUCACCAGGGGGCCCCUGGAUAGCACCGUGAUCGACGGCAUGUCAGUGGUGCUGGCGUGUGAGACCUCGGGCGCACCCCGGCCAGCCAUCACGUGGCAGAAAGGGGAGCGCAUCCUAGCCAGUGGCUCCGUGCAGCUGCCCCGCUUCACGCUGCUCGAGUCGGGCAGCCUGCUUGUCAGCCCCACGCACAUCUCGGACGCCGGGACCUACACCUGCUUGGCCACCAACUCACGGGGUGUUGAUGAAGCCUCAGCCGACCUGGUGGUAUGGGCCCGGACCCGCAUCACCAAGCCCCCUCAGGACCAGAGUGUCAUCAAGGGCACCCAGGCAUCCAUGGUGUGCGGAGUGACCCAUGACCCCCGAGUGACUAUCAGGUAUGUCUGGGAGAAGGAUGGAGCCACGCUGGCCACGGACAACAACCCCCGGAUCCGCCUGGACAGAAAUGGCUCCCUGCACAUCUCGCAGACUUGGUCGGGGGACAUUGGCACCUACACCUGCCGGGUGCUCUCGGCCGGGGGAAACGACUCCCGUGGGGCCCACCUGCGUGUCAGGCAACUGCCGCAUGCCCCUGAGCGGCCUGUGGCCACCCUCAGCACAGCAGAGAAGCGGGCCGUCAACCUGACCUGGGCCAAGCCCUUCGAUGGCAACAGCCCACUGCUCCGCUACAUUCUGGAGAUGUCUGAGAACAAUGCCCCCUGGACGGUCCUCCUGGCCAACGUGGACCCUGAAGCCACCUCGGUCACCGUCAAGGGUUUGGUUCCCGCUCGCUCCUACCAGUUCCGACUAUGUGCCGUCAAUGACGUGGGAAAAGGCCAGUUCAGCAGGGACACAGAAAGGGUCUCCCUCCCUGAGGAGCCCCCCACCGCACCUCCCCAAAAUGUGAUCGCCAGCGGCCGGACCAACCAGUCCAUCAUGAUCCAGUGGCAGCCACCCCCUGAGAGCCACCAGAAUGGGCUGCUCAAAGGUUACAUCAUCAGGUAUUGCCUGGCGGGGCUGCCAGUUGGGUACCAGUUUAAGAACAUCACGGACGCCGACGUCAACAACCUGCUGCUGGAAGACCUCAUCAUCUGGACCAACUAUGAGAUCGAGGUGGCCGCCUAUAACAGCGCAGGCCUGGGUGUCUACAGCAGCAAGGUCACUGAGUGGACGCUGCAGGGAGUGCCCACGGUUCCCCCCGGCAACGUGCAUGCAGAAGCCACCAACUCCACCACCAUCCGCUUCACCUGGAACGCCCCCAGCCCCCAGUUCAUCAAUGGCAUCAACCAGGGCUACAAGCUGAUUGCCUGGGAGCCGGAACAGGAAGAGGAGGCCACCAUGGUGACCGCCAGGCCCAACUUCCAAGACAGCAUCCACGUGGGCUUCAUGUCCGGCCUGAAGAAGUUCACCGACUACUUCACCUCUGUGCUCUGCUUCACCACCCCGGGAGACGGGCCCCGCAGCACCCCCCAGCUGGUGCGCACCCACGAGGACGUGCCUGGGCCAGUGGGACACCUGAGCUUCAGUGACAUCCUGGACACCUCGCUGAAGGUCAGCUGGCAGGAGCCGGGCGAGAAGAACGGCAUCCUCACAGGGUACCGGAUUUCCUGGGAAGAGUACAACAGAACCAACACCCGCGUGACCCACUACCUGCCCAACGUGACCCUGGAGUACCGCGUCACCGGCCUCACGGCGCUCACCACAUACACCAUCGAGGUGGCCGCCAUGACAUCCAAAGGCCAGGGCCAGGUGUCCGCCUCCACCAUCUCCUCGGGGGUGCCUCCAGAACUCCCAGGAGCCCCCACCAACCUGGGCAUUUCCAACAUCGGUCCUCGUUCUGUGACCUUGCAGUUCAGGCCCGGCUACGAUGGGAAAACCUCCAUCUCCCGCUGGCUGGUGGAAGCCCAGGUGGGCGUGAUUGGGGAGGGAGAGGAGUGGCUCCUGAUCCACCAGCUCGCCAACGAGCCUGAUGCCCGUUCCAUGGAGGUGCCCGACCUGAACCCCUUCACCUAUUACAGCUUCCGCAUGCGCCAGGUCAACAUUGUUGGCACCAGCCCGCCCAGCCAGCCUUCUAGAAAGAUCCAGACUCUGCAGGCGCCCCCCGACAUGGCCCCGGCCAACGUGACGCUGCGCACAGCCAGUGAGACCAGCUUAUGGCUCCGCUGGAUGCCCCUCCCAGAGAUGGAAUACAAUGGGAACGCCGAUUCCGUGGGCUACAAGAUCAAGUACAGCAGGUCGGAUGGCCAUGGCAAGACACUGAGCCACAUGGUGCAGGACCGCGUGGAGCGGGAGUACACCAUCGAGGGCCUAGAGGAGUGGACCGAGUACCGCGUGCAGGUGCAGGCCUUCAACGCCAUCGGGAGCGGGCCCUGGAGCCAGCCGGUGCUGGGCCGGACCCGGGAGUCAGUCCCAUCGUCUGGCCCCACCAAUGUGUCUGCGCUGGCCACCACGUCCAGCAGCAUGCUGGUGCGCUGGAACCAAGUCCCAGAGGCUGACCGCAAUGGGCUGGUGUUGGGCUACAAGGUGAUGUAUAAGGAGAAGGACUCGGACUCACAGCCCCGGUUCUGGCUGGUGGAAGGCAAUUCGUCACGCAGCGCACAGCUCACAGGCCUGGGCAAGUACGUGCUGUACCAGGUGCAGGUGCUGGCCUUCACGCGCAUCGGCGACGGCAGCCCCAGCCACCCCCCGAUCCUGGAGCGCACACUGGAUGACGUCCCAGGACCCCCCAUGGGCAUCCUGUUCCCCGAGGUGAGGACCACAUCGGUGAGGUUGAUCUGGCAGCCCCCAGCAGCGCCCAACGGCAUCAUUCUUGCUUACCAAAUCACACACCGGCUCAACACCACCACGGCCAACACUGCCACGGUGGAAGUGCUAGCACCCAGUGCCCGCCAGUACACAGCCACCGGCCUCAAGCCUGAGUCUGUGUACCUGUUCCGCAUCACGGCCCAGACCCGCAAGGGCUGGGGGGAAGCCGCCGAGGCUCUGGUGGUGACCACGGAAAAGAGAGACCGGCCGCAACCUCCUAGCAAGCCCGUGGUGCAGCAGGAGGACGUCCGGGCGCGCAGCGUGCUGCUGUCAUGGGAGCCGGGCAGCGACGGGCUGUCUCCUGUGCGCUACUACACCGUCCAGACGCGGGAGCUGCCCAGCGGCCCGUGGGCACUGCACUCGGCCUCCGUGAGCCACAACGCCUCCACCUUCCUCGUGGACAGGCUCAAGCCCUUCACUUCCUACAAGUUCCGAGUGAAGGCCACCAACGACAUUGGGGACAGCGAGUUCAGCGAGGAGUCUGAGUCUCUGACCACCCUGCAGGCCGCUCCCGACGAAGCCCCCACCAUCCUCUCGGUGAUGCCGCACACCACCACCUCUGUGCUAAUCCGCUGGCAGCCACCAGCUGAGGACAAGAUCAACGGCAUCCUCCUGGGCUUCCGGAUCCGGUAUAGGGAGCUGCUCUACGAAGGUCUCAGGGGCUUCACACUUCGAGGCAUCAACAACCCGGCAGCCAAGUGGGCGGAGCUCACCUCCCUGUACUCCACGCGGAACCUGAGCCGACCUGGCCUCACCCAGUACGAGUUGGACAACCUGAACAAACACCAGCGCUAUGAGAUCCGGAUGAGUGUGUACAACGCGGUGGGCGAGGGACCCCUCAGUCCUCCCCAGGAGGUCUUUGUCGGGGAAGCCGUCCCCACGGCAGCACCCCGCAGCGUGGCUGUCCACAGUGCCACGGCCACACAGUUAGAUGUGACGUGGGAGCCACCACCACUGGAAAACCAGAAUGGAGACAUCCAGGGGUAUAAGAUUUACUUCUGGGAGGCCGAGCGGCGGAACCUCACAGAGCGGGUGAAGACACUCUUCCUAGCCGAGAACAGCAUCAAGCUCAAGAAUCUGACCGGCUACACAACCUACAUGGUCAGCGUGGCAGCCUUCAAUGCUGCGGGGGACGGGCCGCUGAGCGCCCCUGCCCGGGGACAGACCCAGCAAGCAGCCCCGAGUGCUCCCAGCUCAGUCAAGUUCAGCGAGCUGACCACCACAUCCGUGAACGUGUCCUGGGAGGCCCCGCAGUUCCCCAAUGGCAUCCUGGAGGGCUACAGGCUGGUAUAUGAGCCGUGCACCCCCGUGGACGGGGUCAGCAAGAUCGUGACAGUGGACGUGAAGGGAAGCGGCCCUCUGUGGCUGAAGGUGAAGGACCUGGCAGAGGGCAUGACCUACAGGUUCCGCAUCAGGGCCAAGACCUUCACCUACGGGCCGGAAGUCGAGGCCAACGUCACCACGGGCCCAGGAGAAGGGGCCCCAGGACCUCCAGGAGUGCCCAUCAUCGUGCGGUACAGCUCUGCCAUUGCCAUCCACUGGUCCAGCGGAGACCCCGGCAAGGGGCCCAUCACCCGCUACGUCAUAGAGGCCCGGCCCUCAGAUGAAGGCCUGUGGGACAUCCUCAUCAAAGACAUCCCCAAGGAGGUGAGCUCCUACACGUUCAGCAUGGACAUCCUGAAGCCGGGGGUGAGCUACGACUUCCGGGUCAUCGCGGUCAACGACUACGGCUUUGGCACCCCCAGCAGCCCCUCCCAGUCCGUGCCAGCCCAGAAAGCUAACCCCUUCUACGAGGAGUGGUGGUUCCUGGUGGUCAUCGCCCUCGUGGGCCUUAUCUUCAUCCUGCUUCUCGUCUUCGUGCUCAUCAUCCGUGGCCAGAGCAAGAAGUACUCCAAGAAGACGGACUCAGGGAACAGUGCCAAGUCUGGAGCCCUGGGCCAUGGGGAGAUGAUGAGCUUGGAUGAAAGCAGUUUCCCUGCUCUGGAACUCAACAACCGACGCCUGUCUGUCAAGAACUCCUUCUGCCGGAAGAACGGCCUGUACACCAGGUCCCCUCCCAGGCCCAGCCCUGGCAGCCUCCACUACUCCGAUGAAGACGUCACCAAGUACAAUGACCUCAUCCCGGCUGAGAGCAGCAGCCUGACCGAGAAGCCCUCGGAAAUCUCCGACUCUCAGGGAAGUGACAGUGAGUACGAGGUCGACCAGAACCCCCAGAAGGCCCACUCCUUCGUCAACCACUACAUCAGUGACCCCACCUAUUACAACUCGUGGAGGCGCCAGCGGAAGGACAUCUCACGGGCCCAGGCCUACAGCUACACCGAGAGCGACUCCGGCGAACCCGACCACCCCGCUGUCGCCAACAGCAACAGCGCUGGCCCACAGGGCAGCCUCUUCCGGCCCAAGGGCAGCCGGACUCCAACGCCCCAGAACGCCCCGAACCCCCCGAGUCAGCAGAGCACCCUCUACCGCCCCCCGAGCAGCCUGGCCCCCGGCUCCCGGGCUCCCAUCGCGGGCUUUUCAUCGUUUGUUUGACGUCGGCAGAGGAACGAAGGAGAAGCAACCCUGGGACCGACUGCUUCCUGCAGCACCUGCCGGAAAGCAAAAUCAACCAAGAACCCAAGUCGACUUUUCACCUCCCUAGUUUAUUUUUCCAGGGAUCCCAGG